UCCCUGAUGUUGUCAGCACAUUGUCAGGCAUUUUACAAGACAAAAAUUAUCUGCCAGUGGUGUUUAAUUCACUUGUAUUUAGUGUUGAAAGCAGCUAGUGUACUUGAAGAAUGUUAUUUUUUAUUUCAUUUUCAGCCCAUAAGGAUGCUUAUGCAAGAAAGUUGCGAAUGAGAGGAAGACGAUACCAGGGCCAGUCAGAGGAACUAAAGGGUAUGGUAGAAGAUGCCGAGGAGAAAAAAGUCACAGGGAGGAACAAAAAAUUGGGCAAAAGGCAAAGCAUAGAUGAGCCUGAGAAGCUCCUGAAAGGAAGGAAGUGGAAUGAAGCAUUAGUGAAGCCUAAUUUGAAUUAUCAUGAUUUCUUUAAUGAUGACACUGGCCACGAACCUGGUCUGACAGUGUGGCAGAUUGAAAAUUUCUUGCCAGUUAGUGUUGAUGAAUUGUUUUAUGGAAAGUUUUAUGAAGCAGACUGCUACAUUAUACUCAAGACUAGUUUUGACGACACAGAUCAGUUAGACUGGCAGAUAUUUUACUGGAUUGGAAAAGAAGCCUCACUUGACAAGAAGGCCUGUUCAGCUAUUCAUGCUGUGAAUCUGAGAAAUUUCCUUGGUGCAGAGACUCGCACUGUGCGUGAGGAACAAGGAGAAGAAUCAGAAGAAUUUUCAGAAUUAUUUGAAAAUGGCAUCAGUUAUGUGGAGGGAGGAACAGCAAGUGGAUUUUACACCGUUGAAGACCCAAUCUACCCAACCAGACUGUUUAGGAUUCUUAAGCAGUCUAAAGUGCAGCUGGAACCAGUGGAAGCAAGCACUUUGUCCCUGGAUCCAACAUGCUCUUUUGUCCUGGAUGCUGGACUCAAAAUCUAUAUUUGGUCAGGAGAAAGGGCAAAAGGAACGACAAAAACGAAAGGAAGGUUGUUUGCUGAGAAGCUGAACAAGAAUGAUAGGAAAAACAAAGGGGAAAUAAUUAUGUGCCAAACAGGAGAUGAGCCUGGAGAAUUUUGGAGACUACUUGGUGGUCGUCCAACAGACCCUAUCACUGAAAAACCAGAGUACAAUGAACCGCCUCCUGUGCCUAUUCUCUAUCAAGUUGCCUUAGGGCUUGGUUACUUGGAGCUACCUCAAGUGGACACUUCUGGUGGCAAGUUGUCAACCAAAAUGCUUGAAACAAAGAAUGUUUAUAUACUGGAUUGCCAUACAGAAAUUUUUGUGUGGAUUGGUCGCAAAUCAGCCCGUCUAGUUCGUGCUGCUGCAAUGAAGCUCUCUCAAGAGCUGUACACCAUGAUUGAUAGGCCAUCAUUUACAGUGCAGAUACGUAACCUUCAGGGGGCUGAGUCCCAGAUGUUUAAAGCUCGAUUUGCUGGCUGGGAUGAUGUGCUGGCUGUGGAUUAUACUCUAAGUGCUGAUUAUGUUUCAAAGGCUGCAAAACAGCUUGGAGUCACUAACAUCACAACCAAGGAAGCCCAAGCCAAACUCCAGAAGGCUGCUAAGGUUGAUCUGUCUGCUCUGUUCACCACUCGACAACAACCAAUUCCUGAUCAUGAGCAGGAACAGUUUGUUGAAGAGUGGAAUGAAGACCUUGAUGGAAUGGAGUGCUUUGUCUUGGAAGGAAGGAAAUUUGUCCGCCUGCCUGAAGAAGAGAUUGGACAUUUUUAUAUGGGAGACUGUUACGUCUUCUUGUGUCGUUAUUGGGUGCCAGUUGAACAGCCUGAGGGAGAUGAUGAAGAUGAUGAACCAGUAGAACAGGAGGAGGAUUUUCAAUGUGUUGUCUACUUUUGGCAGGGGCGAGAUGCAAACCAGAUGGGUUGGCUUACAUUUACAUUCAGUCUUCAGAAGAAAUUUGAGAUGUUGUUUGGUGAGAAAUUAGAAGUUAUGAAGACUCAGCAGCAACAAGAGGCUCCAAGGUUUCUAGCUCAUUUUAAAGGAAAGUUCAUCAUUCACAAGGGAAAGCGGAAGGAGCCAGUUAAUACUGAAGAAAAGAAAAAAGCGAAGUUCUACCACAUUCGGUCCAGUGGUGGCAUACUGGCCAAGAGAGUUAUCCAGAUCGAAACCAAUGCAAGACAUUUAAACUCUGAAUUCUGUUACAUCUUGAAAGUUCCAUUUGAAAAUUACUCAGAGGAUGGCAUCAUUUAUGUGUGGAUUGGCAGCAAAGUCAGUGAAAGUGAAGCUGAUCAUGCCAGGGAACUUGGAAAUGAAAUUUGGGAUAGUGGUUACACAGUUCAGAUUGUCAAUGAAGGAGAUGAACCAGAAAACUUCUUCUGGGUGGGUGUAGGAGGAAGGAAAGACUAUGAUAAGUCUGCAGAAUACAUCAAAUAUGCCCGUUUGUUCCGCUGUUCUAAUGAGAAGGGAUACUUUUCUGUAUCUGAGAAGUGUUCUGAUUUCUGUCAGGAUGACUUGGCAAGUGAUGAUGUAAUGAUUCUAGACACAGGACAUGAGGUAUUUGUUUGGAUGGGACCACAGUCCAGUGAUGUUGAAAGGAAAAUGGCCAUAAAAAGUGCCCAGGUCUACAUUCAGCACCUUAUGCAGCUCGAUAGUGGCCCAAUAAGAAAGCUGCGCUUAACCUUCAGAGGAAAAGAACCUCACCUCUUCACAAGAUGCUUUCAUGGCUGGGGUGACUUUCAUGACCCAAAGUCAUAAGUCUUGAUAUGUUACAGCUUGCUGGACAAGUCCUGUACUACAGUUCCAAGUCAUGUACUACUGCAGAUAACUCUACUGGGGACCUAACUCAACCAUAAACCUCAGAUCACAUACUCUGUGAUUAACUUUCCUUCUGAAUUUGCCUAUGAAUUCAAAAUGCAAAGAGGUGUUAUUGAAUGGAGAAAGUGUGCAGCUCACUGCUGCAAUUUCAAUGUUAAGAUAUCAAGAUUUAAGAUAAAUUAGUUGAUAGCCCUUUAAGCUGUGGUACACAUAACCUUCGAAAUUCUCGGUACUUGUCUCUGUUAAAUUAUCUCUCAUAGUGUUAGUUGAGAGAAUUUGAUUAUAGUUUAGCUUGGUUGAACAGUUGUUCUUGUGACGUGCUUAGCAGUAGAGUCAAAUGUGUCUGCAAAGGAAAGCUUGAUUCCCUGCAUUGUGGUUUAGGGAGCUCUUCUUGGAAUCAUUCCACACGGGACGUCAUUAGAUAUAAAUACACAAUGAGGAUAAUAUUAAGAUGAUGCACUGGUCAAUAAAAAGCUGUAGAGCAUUGUUGGAACACUUACAAGGUAGUUAUGAGAUAAUACAUUCCAAUCUGACUACAUUGGAAGGUGCUAUUGUCAUUUAUCGAAAAAAGAAAGAACCAGCUGGUAAAUCAGGCAAAGCCAUUAGCUAUUUACAAAAUUAAUUAAUUUAUAUUGUUUGUACCUAAAAACAAUUUCAAAGUACGAUGCUGCUUUGGGUGUAUAAAUGGCUGUAAUAGCAGUUAUCAGCAGUUUUUCAUAUAAACAAGGCUUGAGGGUCACUCUGGUUCUGUAUGGGCCUUUUUCUUCAUAAUUUGUAUGCCUUUUUAAACAAAAGGAUGUUUGAUUGCAGACUCAACUGCAAUGAUAGCUAUUCUGGGCCACAGAGGAUUUUGAAUAAGUGGAAAAGAAUUUCGUAAUCAUGUGGCUCCUAUAAAUAAUUUUUGCAGAGAAAGUGCUAGUUACAUAGAGGUUCUUGUCUCCAUUAGGGUGGAUUCAAAUUAGACAUAUGUGAGAGCCAACUACUUACCAAGGGACAUGAGUCACAGUUAAAAGAAACCGUAACAGGCACUAUUGGGAACAGUAUUUUUCAGUAUAUGAAACUAGAGGUUCAUGUUGGACAUUAGAAGUCUUUUAACACGAUGUUAGACUUGUAAUAUUCUAACACGAACCUCUAGGACUAUUCAGUAAGCUUAAUGAGAGAAGACAUUUUUGUCCAAUACUUGCUUGUUCUAGAGCAUUGACUGAUUGCAUAGAUGGAGCAAAAUUUGAAUACAAAUAUGUUAAUAAGCCUAGGCCUCAUGCUAUGUUUUAAUCCUUACAAAGGGUUCCUCUCAUCAGUGUGAGGCUAAGGUAUCCUGACAUAAUUAUUCAAAUUCAGCCAUCUAUAAAUCAUUAUGGGGGAAGCCCUUUUGUCAGUUCUUAAAGACUUUCAAGUAAGAGACUUUGCUUUUCAUUGUUUUCUUUAUUAAUUAAAAUCAGUGGACUUCAAAGUGUCCUACACCUUUUAUGUACAGAUGGGUAUUUUUUGUUCUUGUUUGAAGGAAAAAUGUAGUUAUUUUCUAUUUGUAAUAAAAAUUCAGUUAUUCCUACUGUAUCUGGUGGAAUUGAUUUUGUGAAUACUUCUUGAAACGAAAAUCAUAUACCACUCGGAUAAAUGUUGUUGCUAUUCUAUUCUUAUCAUUCCAUGAUGCCACAUAAAGAACUUACUAUUAAAACAACAGAGACUUGGUAAACUAUUCCAGUAAUGGGAACAGCAGAUCAAAUUGUUGCAGGUCAGCUACUCGUAAAGCUCCACCACACUUUACAUCGCGUGCAGUUUAUUUAGGAAACGAAAACAUUGUGCAUUGGUACUUUGCUAAUGGGCCAUGCUCGAUAUAUCAAUAUUCUAUUAUGGCUCCGAAGCUUUCUGGACAAACUUCUACAUUUGGUGUUGUUUUCUUCUUGUAUCCAAGUCUCUUUUGGGGAUUGAGAGACAAAAGAAACCUAAACAAUUUACAAUUUUGCCUCGAAAGCCUCAGAGCCAUGUUAGAAUAUUGAUCUAGCAAAUGUGGCCUAUUAGUAAAAGAGGCUGUUUGCUGGAACUGGUCACAUAGUACAAAAUCAACCAGGCUGGGCCACAAGUUAGGCAGUGGCACAUUCAGAACAAAGAGCUUCACACCAGUCAAGCUUGACUCUCCUUUGCUUUGGACUGCUAGUGAGUAACUUUCAGCCCAUCGUGACCUAUUUUGUACCAUGUGAGCAGUUUGUGUUUUUGAGCUAAAUAAUGCCAUCACUCCAAAAGCAGUCAAUGUUAGCAUAUCCUUAUUCUGAUAUUUUUGGCAUACUGAACCUUUGCAGUAAUGAUAAUUAUAUUUCAGACUCUGUUCGCAUCUCAUUCCAACCUGUUUUUGUUUCUGGUUAUUAAGUGUUAGGUUCAUGCAAUAAAAAGGGGUUACUGUUUCA